AGAGAUGGGGGGCUCACUAUGUCACCCAGGCUGGUCUUGAACUCCUGGCCUCAAGCUAUUCUCCCACCUUGGCCUCUGAAGAUGCUGGGACUACAGGCAUGAACUCCAUCCACUCUUCUGUUGAGCAACUUUCUGUCUCUCACCCUAGGUUUCUCUCUCCCUUUGACAGCUAUCCCUUUCAUCUUGCUUCUGCUCCAAGGGUUUUGGGGUCUAAUUCUCCCAAGUUACCUGCUGGGGUUGGGGAAGAGACUGGACCUUCCCAUCUGUUACCAGCUGGGAAACCAUUCUGGGCUGUCCCAGAGAGAUCAGAGGCAAGAAGAGCAAGGUUUAAAGUCAGCCUCAAGGCUAAGGGGCUGGCCUGAGUGAUGAGAUCCAUAUGGUCAUGUCAGGCUGCUGCAGGAGAGCCCCUGUAAGUGAGGUUCCCCUUCCUUCAGCCUGGGCCCUGGGGGGCUGGGAGAGCCAGGGGUGUAUAUGCAAGUCAUGGGGCCUGAGUCAGGGCAGGAGGUUCGGCCAUCUCUGCAUCCCUGCACUGUGCCAUCUGUCUCAGGCCCUCAGCCUGCCUCAGCCUGGAGCCUGGGUCUGUUCUCUCCUGCCUGGGGGUGGGAGGCAUAAGAUAAAAUGAGGGGGUGACAGGCUGUGACUCUUUCAGUCUACCGUCUUUUCAAGCCUCCCCCUCAGGCUGGCCCUGAGACCCUUCCUCUUCCAUUCAUCCCUCAGUAGCCACAGGGAAGCUGGAGGCUCAGGUUCACUCUCUUGGGCUGUCUGUGGGAGUUUUGUUCUCCUGAGGGCCGUAUGUGAGAGUAUUGUUGCCACUGGAUUUCUCUGCUCCCUAGCUUGGUGCUCAGGGUGGGGAUGAAGACCUAACCUGCUGGACAGGAAGAGCUUUCCUAGAGACUGCCGAGAGCAGAGGCACAGCCACCCUGCAUCAGUCUCGUCCUGUGAUGAGUGAAUUACAAGGAAGAAGGCAAAGCUGGGAGACCUUUGGAGUCAUCCAGCCAGCCCCAGUCGGCGCCAUGGCGUCUGCCGAGCCCCUGACGGCGCUGUCCCGCUGGUAUCUGUACGCCAUCCACGGCUACUUCUGCGAGGUGAUGUUCACGGCGGCCUGGGAGUUCGUGGUGAACUUGAACUGGAAGUUCCCAGGGGUCACGAGCGUGUGGGCCCUUUUCAUUUACGGCACCUCCAUACUCAUCGUGGAGCGCAUGUACCUGCGGCUGCGCGGCCGCUGCCCGCUGCUCCUGCGCUGCCUCAUCUACACGCUCUGGACCUACCUGUGGGAGUUCACCACCGGCUUCAUCCUGCGCCAGUUCAACGCCUGCCCCUGGGACUACUCCCAGUUCGACUUUGACUUCAUGGGCCUCAUCACCCUGGAGUACGCCGUGCCCUGGUUCUGCGGGGCCCUCAUCAUGGAGCAGUUCAUCAUCCGCAACACCCUCCGCCUCCGCUUUGACAAGGACGCCGAGCCCGGGGAGCCCAGUGGCGCCCUAGCUCUGGCCAAUGGCCACGUCAAGACUGACUGAGUAGGGAGCGGGUGGGGGGCCUGGGGUUCUCUCAUGGAACUCAUGGACCAAGAGACCAAGCUGGCGAGGUUGCCCCAUCCAUGCCGCACAAGCCCUGCCUCGGCCAGGCCUCACCCGUGUAGGGCACACACAGCCCCCUAACCUCCGCAGGGGGAGGUGGUCAGGUGUUGGGGGAUGGGGUGUGGAGGUCGCAGAGGGACAUUUGGAAGGGUCCACGGAUCCUAGCCCAGCUCAGAGGCUGGUGCUGGGAGGCCUGUGGCUGAGCAGUGAUGGAUUAUGUAGUUGACUUUGGAAGCAGCAGGCCCUGUCCUGGCUAAGGGACGAUGAGAAUGGGGCUGCAGGUGGGAGGCAAGGCCUGACCUCCUUCCCUCCCAUCUGGAUUUAGUUGGGCUUUGGCUGGUUCCAUUAGGCAAUAUUCAGGUGCUUGCUUGCAACCAAUACCUCCCCAGGGGCCUGCUGAGCUGCAGCCGAGGAGAGACUGGGCAGCCAGGAGGCUGUGUGGCCGCAAUGCUGGUCUGCAAGGGCUGGGAGACCCUUCCUUGGCUCCUCUCCCCUCCCCCAGGGCCCUGCGCUGCUCCCUUGGCCUUCUGGGGCCCCUGUGGUGCUGGAUUCCCACCAACCUUGGGCUUUUGGAGGUUUCAAUCCCCGUGUGUUGGGUGGCUUUUUUUUCCCCCUUUUCUCGCUUGUUUUCAAGGCCUUUACCGCUAGCGGCUCUUUAUCCAUGUUGGUCACCACACCUGCCCCAUCCCAGCUCCCUAGACAGCACAGGAGCUGGAGAUGGAGCCCUGAGACACCCCCAACUCCCACCCCUUGCAGCUUUCCCUCCACUGUCCCCGCUGGCCUGAUGCCUGGGGAGUUCCUGAGUUGCGCCUCCCUGCCCCUGGUCUAGUAGGCUGGGGUAGUGCUCCCUUCUCAUAGUGGUCCAGCUGAGAAUUAACGAUGCCCUCCAAUGGACAAGCAGGCUGGGAUAGGCCCUGUGGAUCCACAAUGGGGACCUAGAGGCAAUCAGUUUGGUGGGGAAAAGGUAGAGUUCUAGGUCAUCUAUGCCCUGGCUGGUUUAUGUUCAAGCCAGAACUGAGCAGUCGAGCUCUCUAUGGGAUAGAGGAGCCAGGUAUUCUAGCAUUGGAGACUGAUGGAGAAUGAGAAGAAGAAAGAGAGGAGGACCUUGUGGCUGUAGAAGGCUCUUGGAGCCUCCUUUAUGGCAGGGUAUCAGUUCUAGUUCUGCCAUAGCCCCAGCCCUGUAGCAAAACCUCAGGGCUGCCCCUCUCCCCAAACUCCUCCCAACAAGGCUGAUCCUUUGAGCUUACUCCUUCAAUAGUAUUAACCCUGCCACACUCAUGGGCAUUGGCACCUUGGCUUCCCUGCCCCACUUUGCCCAAUGACAGGUCCAUUGCUGGCAGUGGACAGGUGACAUACUGCAGCCUACUUGGCUCUGACCUUCACUCCCCAAGGGGAGGGGUCCAUUAGAAAGUGGCCCAUCCCAUGGUACAUGGUCUCUUCUUCACCACACUAGGACUCUUAGGUAGCAAUUAGCCUUUCCCUUUUUAUGGAUCAUUACAAAGUGAUGGUAACACUUGUGGAGAGAAUGUCCUCUUCCCUGCUGGCUGUCCUGCCCAGACUGUGCAGAUAGCAUGACCCACGUUGCAGGGUGUGGUGGGGUGGGCCACAGUUGUGUCCUAGGUCUGGAGAAAAGCGUGCAGACUCUGCCUUUGGCAGGAUUUUCUGCAGUUAGCCCUGUCCAGAGCAGAAUGAAGGGUAUUUCCUAGCCUAUUUCCUGGGCAGGCUCCUCAAAUCCAGGGAUUAACUACUUUCUUCAGGGGCCAGCCCUCCUUUUGAUUGUAUUUUGGCCCCAGUUCCAAGGCUUUAGGGUUACAGAGAAUCAGGCUUCUGGUGAAAGUAGAUUGUUUUCCAUCCAUAGGUGGAGAGAUUCCAGGAGGAGAAUGUUGUCUGGCUUCCCUGUUCUCUCUGGGCAAUUGUCUCCUUGGUUCUCUCCCCAACUCCAUGUUGUCUCAGUCUCCCAGCACCCCUUCAGGCCUUCCAUGUGGGCUCCUAGACCCCACUACCCAUCUUUACACCCCCAUUCCACAACUGAGUCCAGUGACCAGCUAUUCUCAGCCAGAGCAAGCCCUUGAAUGGUCUACCGGGUCUUGCUGCUCCAGAUGUUGCCUUGUGGGCAUUCCCUGGCACAUUUACUCUCUGGGUCCUAUAAACUCCCAAGUGCAGGAGGUCUUGAGGUACACCUGUGUGCCUGGCAACAUCCAGCAUUGUGUUUCUGCUCCAUCUAGGUGUCCCAUUGCUCCAACUACCCUUCAUAGGGCAUCAAACCUCCAGCAAAGGAAGGCAACAACCCAUGACCUGACCACAGGAUCUAUGGGUUCAGAUCUCACCAGGGAUAGCCCAGACUUCAACUCUUGCUUUUCUGGGUGUCAGGGCUCCAAUCCCUUAGUGCCCAGGGACUCAAAGUUUGGAAUAAUCCCAGCCCUGCCAAGCAUUAAGGGUGCUGGUGGGGAGUACUUACCUGCUGUUCGUGAACCUCUGGUGUCCUGGGCCUCUCUCCACUGGACAUGGCAGCGUCUCUGAGUUACAGAUUGCAAUGUGCUGCCCUGCAUGGUUGAACUGCUUCUGAUGUCUGCGAGGCAUCCUGUCCCAUGUGCCCUGUCCCCUCUUCAAUGCCAGUGAGUUACAAUGGCCUAUGCUUAUUCACAGCAAUAAUAUCUAGGGAGCGCCCAUGAGGCCCUUUUGUCCUGGUCCCUCACUCUGCAUGGGUCUCUUGGGGAGGCAGCUGCUGAGUGGGUCAGUUCAUGAGAACCUGCAUUUAUGAAGCCCUGGACUGUGCAGGCAUUACCCUGGGAUGCAGACAGGUGAGAGGCCCAGCCCUUAGAGAAGCCAUGGCAGGGAGCAUGCCUUCUACCCUGGGGCCAACCAGACCUGGAGGAGCUGCAGGCCCCAGCUCUGCUAAAGGGCCUUUAAAGUGGGUGGGACCAUCUCCCAGCUGGGCAGCUCUUGAGAAGGACAUAAGACGGUUUGUGUGCCCAUUGCCUGCUCUGUGUCUCCAUUGGUCCCUCUGUCUCUUCCUUUUCACAUUUGUGCACAUAAAAUAUACUGGUGUUUGUGUUCCGA